GUGACAGCGUAACAGCGUGGUGUGUGAUUCCGUUUCCGCUCCAGUCGGGAACCGUGUGGUCUCUGCAGGAAUGUGUGGAGAUGCUGUCGCUGGGGCAGAGGGAACAGCCGCAGCGUCCAGCUGACAGAUGAACGCAGGAACGGCGCUCCGUGCCCUCGGCUCUCGGCACUGACACACUCGCAUCCGCGCGGUCGCGCAUCGGUCCCUUUCCUGCACAUUCCCGGGCUCGCGUGAUUGACUGACGCUGCCCCUCCUCAUGGCGAAAAACACCCAGUCCUCACGAUUCCGGGGAGUCGACAUCGUCGAAUACGACGAGAAUAAAUUCGUGGACGAGCAGGACGAGGCGUCCGAGCAGCAGGGACCGGACGCGCGCGAGGUUGACGAUCUCAUCAGACAAGGGGACAUGAUGACAUCAUUUCACAUCGCCUUGAGGAAUCCACCAAUCAACUCCAAGAAUCCGGCAGUGAAAGAGUGGGCACAGACGGUGGUGUUACGAGUGCUGACUGCAUUCAAGAGCAGCGAUAUCGAGCCGGCCGUGAAGUCUCUGGACAGAAACAGAGUGGACCUGCUGAUGAAGUACAUCUACAGAGGCUUCGAGAAGCCCUCGGACAACAGCAGCGCCAUCCUGCUCCAGUGGCACGAAAAGGCUUUUGCUGUGGGGGGUCUGGGGUCCAUCGUACGAGUGCUGACUGCGAGAAAAUCUGUCUGAAGAGCCGCAAGAAACUGAAAGAUAACCAUUCACGGGAUUUGUUUCUCUUUCUUAGACGAGGACCGCUUCCUCUCUCACAGCUCAACCUUAUCCGAAGAAAAACCACUCAUGUUCAACCGAUUAUUCCACUCAAAAACAGAGAUGUUGUAUGACAUUUAAUGUAAGUUAUUGAUUCAUCUAUAUGUUGUUACUGAAGACAUGAUUCUGGGCUAAUGAAGGUGAACGGUUGUGAGGAGUCUCGUGACCAGACUUUGCUGCAGUUUCAGGGAAUGAAAUACUGUGACGAAUAUUAAAGUUGUAUAUGCUUGUUUUA